CCAGAGCCCACCAGGCAGUCGGGAGACAUCGUCAAAGUCCUCUCCAGCUGUCAUCAAUACUCGCCGCUCCGAGUCCCCGGUCACUGUCAGACGAGCAACGGCUUGCCUAUCAUGGACUACUUCUUCGACCCCAGCUCACUCCACCCCCGCAGCCAUUCAGCGGGGACCUGGGGCAUCGAGCAGGCAUUCGUCUGUCGCUGUGGAGAAAAGUUCGACGACGGGUCUGAAUUCACGGCACAUGAAGAAGGACACAAUGUCUACACUUGCCUUUCUCCAGGCUGUAUGUGCUAUUAUCAGAACGAGGAGCAACUCGCUCAGCAUAUCCUCACCCAUUUCAAUGAGCCCCUACCUUCCCUUGAUAGCGGUUUCCCAGAUCCAAACCAGUUCCUUUUUUCUCCAUACAAUUUCAAUUAUCACAUACCAGCAGUAUAUGCAUCUGCCUCACCCGACGAUUUUCAAUACCGCCUUCCGGUCUUUGCUUGCCAGUUUGAAGGUUGUGAAAGAUUUUAUGCAACUGCGGAGGAUCUCCAAAGCCAUACCGACGAGCAUACAACGACAGUAAAAUGUCUUGAGGACGGUUGCAUUUGGCCAGGUGCUCCCGUUGAUGAGAGGAGCCGUCUGUGUCGUCACAUGUCCAGUAAACAUGGCAUACAUUUACUCCCGCUCCGAGAAAUCUUUUUAUGCCGACUGACUGGAUGUGAGCGACAAGUCUUUCUGAACAGAUGGAAUCUCAACCGGCACAAGGACGUGCAUAGACGCGCGAUGGGUGGCGCUGGAAUAAGGGCAGAGCCAGAGCCUCAAGCCGAUUUCGAUUUCCUAGCAGGAUUAUUCUAAUUUCUGUCUGUUCCCUCGGUGGCGGUCAAUCUUUUGAUAGGAUCCUCCUGCAACGACUCUUGUAGUAUAGAUUGAUACUUUUCUGGUGGCAAGGCAAUGCAGGAAUGGAUUUUAUUCGUAAUACAGUCUCUUUAGUUGCUUACAG